AUGGGAGGUCUUCGGAAGCACAAACUCAUGGUGGAUAAGGGAAUUACUCCAGAUGUAAUUGGUUAUACUAUCAUCAUUGAUGGGUUGUGUAAAGAAGGAAAUGUAGAGAAAGUGAUCGGUUUUCUGGAGGAAAUGGAGAGCAAAGGUGUGCAUGCCAAUGUGGUGACUUACACAGCUGUAAUUCAUGGUUUCUGCCGGAGGAACAAGUUGGAGGGAGCAUUUUGUGCUUUGAGGAAAGUGGUAGAGUUGGGUUUUGUUGCGGUUGAGUUUGCAUAUUCUGUAUUGAUUGACGGAUUAUGUAGGAAGGGAGACUUGGAUAGAUUUUUUACUUUGUUUGAGGAAUCGGAGAAGAAAGAGAUUAAAGUUGGAACAGUGACAUAUAACACAUUGAUCAAUUCCCUGUGUAAAGCUGGCCAAGCAAGCAAGGCAAAUGAGAUCUCAAAGGGCUUUACCGGUGAUAAUUUCACCUAUGCGACAUUGUUACAUGGAUACCUGAAGGAAAUGGAUGUGGUAGGCAUCUUGGAGGUCAAGAGGAGAUUGGAUGAAUCUAGCAUUGUUCCUGACAUUGUUACUUGCAAAGUUGCAAUGUCCUUAUCAAGGCUUUGUUUAUGGCAGAUGACAAAUGCCAUGUUCCUUUACCUUAGCAAGAAAAAUGUGGACAAAGCUAUUCAUUUUCUAAACGUUAAAUGCAAAAGGAUCAUUUCAGUCAGUGCCUUGACCACGGUCAUUGACACUUUUAAGAAGGAACCUAGAAUUGAAGAUGCUUACCAGUGUUUAUUGCAAUCUGAAGAAAAUGGAGUUCCUGUGGAUGCAUUUGUUUACUCUUUGUGGUGGAUGGACUUUGCAAGUCAGCAAGGAUGUCUAACUGAAGCAUUCAGAAUUUUUGAUUCUUUGGAGAACCUUUUCUAUGCCUCCUACAAUUCUGCAGAUUGGUUGAAGAAGCCUUGGAUCUCCUCUCAGAUUUGGAAAAGAAUUGUUAAUCCAGAUGAUUAUACAAUUGCGGCUAUCCUAAAUGGGUUUUGUCAAAGAAGGGACAUUGAAGGUGCCCUAGGUUUUUUUACUGAGACCAAAACGAGAGGAUACUUUUCAGAUUUCUUGGGUUUCAUGAAUCUCGUAGAUGGACUCCUUGCGGAAGGAAUGAUGGAGGAAGCAAGGAGCAUUUUAAGGGACAUUCUGAAGCGUGCAGAAAUUGUAGAUCUGUUAAAUAAUGCUGGAGAUGAGCUUCAUGUAGAGUCCUUAGAUAGUCUCCUAUCUCUUGCAUGUGAGCAAAGAAGAAUCAAGGAAGUCAUACUUGUUCUAAAUGAAAUUAGUUAUUUGUCCAUAUCUUCUACAAGGUCUAACAGUGGUAGAGUGUUUCUGAAACUAAAGGAGCUGCAUGGUUCAGGUGUUUUAGAUACAGAAAACAUGAUAGAUGGAAGAGGCGUUCAUCGUCUGCUGGUAGCAGAUGUUCAUGGGACUAAUAUAAAGGGCGGAUUUAUUGUGAAGGUGGAUGAAGAUAGUGACAAGGAAAUUAAUGAAUAUUUGAUGGAAAAACCACUAGGCUAUGACUUUGCAACCUACUAUUCCAUCAUUUCAUUGUUGUGUCAACGAGGGGACCUGCAGAAGGCUAAUGAAGCAGCCAGAACAAUUCUUCAAAAUCCAGAGAAAGUCUUCAAUCAGUCCAUCCCAACUCUUUGA